AUGGACUACGCACCGAAGAUUCAUGGACAUCCUUCGAUAAGGCGACGAAUCAAGAACGCACUUCAGCCUCAACUCGAUCAGUUCAAGCGUGAACUCAGGGCGUUAAAAUCUGAAUCUGAAUACAGGAAUUCACAGCCAUCGAAAGGAGGAGAAACCGACAGUACUGAUUUUAGAACACGCCUUCAGCAGCUGGAAUUGAGAAUCGCACCUCUUGAAGCGGAACAAAAUAAUAUUAUCGUCGAGGACGUCCGGACGGCUCUUACUAAGCUUGUCAACGACAUCGAUGGUCGUUUCGAAGAAAUUGUAGCAGAUAUUCCCUCCGCACCAAUUGAACUUGACGUACUAGAGCUGGAGCGCGUGAACGAUCGUAUCGACUCGCUGAACUCUUCCUUGAUUUCAAUGAACCAAAAGACGCCCAAGGAAGAAAAAGCUUUGGAAGCUGAGCAAGUCGAGGAAAUCGAGCUUGUGACAAAAACUUAUGCAUCAUCAUCCGAAAUCGAGCAGUUGGAGUCAAAGUGGACAGCAAAUCUAAGAUUUCUUGCUGGACAAUUUACUAAUCUAACCGACAGUUUGGCAGCUGAUCUAAACUAUGUUAGAAUGAUGAUUUUGAUGAAUCCACCGCAAGAUGUUCAAGAAGAAGUCGAAGGACGCCUUACCGAUAUAGACGAGAAGCUGAAAAUGCUAACAGAAAAAGUCGAAAAUAAUGAAUCUCAACUUCCGAAAGAAAAAGAUUCCCAGAGUGAAAUAGCUGAUGAACUUGGUCCAUCAAUGGAGAAUAUCACUGCGAUGGCGCGGGAGAACCUUUUACUCAUCAAUCUCAAUGCCAUGAGCAUAGAAGAUCAGAAGGGGAUUAUACAGGAACACAAUGUUGCCAUUGCUAAACUAAUAGAUUCGUUUACAUUGGCAGGGGAGCAGCUCCGUGAAUUAAGCUCAAAUGCAACCGAACGCUCAAUGAAAUCGAAUCUCCGAAUUACAGUCGUUGAACAGGCAAUGAGUGGAACCGCCAAACAAAUAUCAGACUUGACGAAGGAAUUCGAAAAACAAGAAAAAGAAAUCCUCGCUUCGAAAAAUGGUUUAAAUAAUUCAACUUCAAUGAUUGAAACGCUGUCUGAAUCUAUUCGCAAUUACGAGCUACUUUCUUCUUCAAUUCAAAAACGAUUUAACAAGACCCAGAAGACUAUAGAAAGACUGGUCAAUAAACAACCUGUUGUCGUUCCUCAAGUUGACCAACUCGAGCUUACUAACUUGUCUCAAAAGUUUAAUUCUCUGGAUAAUCACGUUGAUGAAAUCAAGAAAAUGAUGAAAACAGAUCACGACAUUGUGAACGUUUUAACUUCAAAUUUCGCCCAAUUGAAGAAGAAUUUAACUGAAUCUAACUCGAUGAAGGAUCAAAGUUUUGAUCUUCAAUUGAAUGGAGUGAUGGAUAAAAUGAGAGAGGCAUUCUCACCCAGAAUAGAUUCUUGCGAGGAACAACAAAUCAUACUUGGGGAACGCCUUGAUGAAGUCGAGCGAAGUAGGCCUGCAGAAAGUACAAUCUCAAAGAAGUUCAAUGAGCUUAUUAAAAUUACGGAUGAGAUUUCAAGAACGAAUGAAGAAAUCAUCCAGCGUGUUGAUGAUUCCGAGAGGAGAUCAUCUAACGUUGAAGACGAGUUAAAGACUUAUCUGGCCAAAGAAAUAGAUGUAAAGAGCAGAUCGUUUGAAGAAAAUCUGAAUUCAACAAGGAGUCAUUUGGAAGCAGACAUUUCAGAAGUGCGCCACGAGAUGAUGGAUAAAGCCCGCGAGUCUGACUUGUCCGCUUUAUCGAUCAAAGCCGAUGGAAUUGAGUCUGAGCUAGAAGCUUUUAGAACUCAGCUCAUAUCCCGAAGAAAUGAUAUAUCGAAGAUAUCAUCAGCAGUUCAAGAAGCAAAAACUCAAACAGAGACAAUAACGUUUUUGACGGACGACUUGGCUUCAAGAGCAUCGAAAUAUGAGCAUGCUUCUGAGUUGCUGAAGUCGUCACUCAUCGAUAUCGAGCGUAAAAUUGAUGAUGGAAUAGCUUCUUCUGAGGACUCGAUUGAAAUAAUGUCUGAACGAAUCGACGAGCUUGAGAAGACGGCAAGUACGACAGCCAACCUAUCUGCAAAAGUCGCCGAUAUCAAAGAAGAGCAGGACAAACUAGAAGGUCAGCUGAUUGACAUGUCGUUUUUGAUUGAAGAUGACCUGACAACAUUUAACAACUCGAUUAAUGUCAUGAAGACACAAAUGUCGCACUCGUUGAGCAGCAAAAUUCAAUAUCUCAAGGAAUCACUGAGCGGGGAAAUGUCCACCAAGAUGAACAUUCUGUCCGAGAACUUGCGCAAGGUCAAUACGACAAGCAUGACAGCAUCUGAGCUUCGCUCCCUGCUUGAAACUAAAAUUCUACAGCAGCAAGUCGGACAGAAAAAUCUAGAAGACAAGCUAGCGGUCAUAGAAGACCACGUGGCAAGAGUAAAUAGCCGGCAAACGACGGACUACGAAAGCCUGAAAACAUCAGUUUCUAAUUUGGAUUCAAAACUCUUGGAUGCAUCCAAUCGAGCGGAGCAAGCGCUUUCGAUAGUUUCUCAGAAGACGGCCGAAAUAACUGAAAAGCUGGAAAUGAAUAAGGAAUUAUAUGAUCGACACCAAGAAAGUAUUGAUAGAAUGAGCAGCAAAAGUGUUAAAUUUGAGGAUUACUUACGAGAGCGCAAAUCAGUGGUUACUCAAAUAGAGAGUAGUUUGGUUACUCUGAAGAGUGAUGUUUCCGGACUGAUUGAUUCUCAUGCUAUGGAGCGAAAGCAAAUGAUGCAGCAGCGUCAAAUCAUUAUGAAACUGACUGACAAUUACGAAGAUCUACGAAUCGAACUCACAGAACUUGAUGACGAUCUCCGACCACAGUCCGAGCAAUUAUUCAAGAGCAUCAGAUCGGUCGAAUCAAGGGUGCUAAAUUUAGCGACUAAUGUCACCCAAGUCGAUAGAACACAUCAAAACAGUAUGAAUAUUAUAUCAGGACGAGUGGCUCAGUUACAAGAGCAGAUCAACUCUAAUAUGGAGCAGACAUUACGCGGGCAAACAGAUAACAGCGAGUACGUAGACAAGAAAUUCGGACAGCUUCUUCACAAAGUGGACAGGCAGGGACAGAGACUCGCAGCAUCCGAAGGAAAAAGCCUUGAACACGCGAAAGAGUUGGGCUUUUUAGCAAGUGAUAUUAAAAAAAUACAAGAGGACUCCACGAGCACCCUGGCGCUCGUCUUCAAGCUUGCAAAUAAGUCGAACGAGAUUGAAAAACUCACCAAGGUCAACUCGGAUGAGCUGGAGAAGCGAACACAAAUUCUGCACGACAAACUCAUCGUUCCUAUCAAUCAUCAAGCGGGGAAACAUUCAGCCUUAGAACAGCUUCUUGUCGCAGAAAUUGAGAAAAUUGAGCUUUCAGUUCAAAGCAUUUUACGCGGAGAAGCACUGCUCAACUCAACUGUGACUGCACUUGGGGAAAGAACGCGCAAUAAUGAAGCUAUCUUUUCGAACUCGAUGGAAGCCAAUAGGAACUUCCACAUGUCAAUCAACUCGCGAAUAACGUCUAUCGAAAAUGACUUUUUAAAUCUUCCCGAAAAAAUUGAAGAUAUUGAAGACAAAAUUACUCAAAUAAGAGAAGAGAAUCACAAAAUUGAAAAUGAGGUCGAUGCGAACUCAGCACAGACAAUCCAAAAUAAAGAAAUAAUAUCUGAGAUUACUUCCUCGGUUCGUAACUGGGAAAAGGCUACUGCUUCCAUUGGGCAGGAAAUCGAUCUGGUCAAAAAUGAGAAGGAUAAGCAGGAAAAAGAGCUAGUGGAGACCCUCGACAAAAUCAAGGAAGAUAUUCUCAUGCUUGGAAUCCAGGCGAAACAAAACGAGGAUGCGUUGAAACUCGUUGACGGAAAUGUCUCCAAGAACUCCUCUAUUAUAAUCGAUGAGAACAAACAAAUUAUCCAACAAAUUGCUUACCUGACCGAAGAUAUGGAUGUUUUCCAUGAACGGUUGCAACAGCUUGAAGGUGUUUGGUCGACUUCAUUUGAAACUUUGGCGACUCAGUUAGUUGCCAGUCUUGACGACUCUAGCGACAAUAUGAGUAGUGAUUCUACCUACGACAGCUACACAGUUCUGGACGAUCAAGAUUACUUGGAUGAAUUAUCAAUCAGGGGUGAUCCGCCAACUUACCGAAGAAGGAAGAGACGUGAGUCUCCUCCCAAUAACACUAGAAAACUCUUGGACCAGAUUCACAAGAUCGCCGGUGUUUUUAGAAAAUAUAAGCAGACAAAUCAAGCCAUGCAACAACGUAUUUCUUCCAUUGAAGAUGAUAUUCUCAACAUGCAUAAUGACUUAGGAAAACUGCAAAAGAGUGUUCAAUACACGGAAGGCAAACUCCUCGAGAAUCACAAGCAGCUAAAACUCAACCUCGAAAACUACUCGAAAAACGCAGCAUCUAUCGUUGAGUUUGGUCAUAAGAUUGAAGAUGUGAAAGCAGCUCAAAACUCACAGUCUUUGAAACUCAAAACUGUCGAUAACAACAAAGACAAAAUCUAUUCACUGGAAGUCGCCAUUGGCGAACAAACGGCAAAUUUCAACCGGCGGUUCUUAGAAGUGUCCGAAUCGCAAGCAAAUUUGAUGCGUAAAUUUGAAACUUCAACAGAAAACUUCUUGACGAACAUCUUCACCAUCGAGAGCAGUGUCAAAUAUCUGAACGAGACGUACUCUAGGGAGACAACGUGGGUCAAGGAACGCGUCGACAAAUUGAAGAAGGCCGUUGACGAGUCGGAUCAAAACGUGGACUUGAAACUGUCAAUACUUGAAAAUCGCAUAAAGCCAGAAAUUCUCGAAUGGAAGACCAAGCACUUUGAGAUUUUAAAACGGCUUGAUGGUGAUGUGACGGCGAUUCAGAAAAAAGCCGGUGAAAACCGAAAGCUUUUUGAUGAUAUUAUAGAAGACUACACUUCGAUUGCUAGGGCUUAA